AAGAGCAUAUAUUAAUUGAUGGAGGGUGGCAAUGCGAGGGACGAGAGGGAAGGGGGAGACCAGGUGAAGUACAGGGGCGUCCGGAGGCGGCCGUGGGGGAAGUUCGCGGCGGAGAUACGGGACUCCGCCAGGCACGGGGCACGGGUGUGGCUUGGGACGUUUAACACGGCCGAGGAGGCGGCCCGGGCCUACGACCGUGCCGCCUACGCCAUGAGGGGUCAGCUGGCCAUCCUCAACUUCCCGGAGGAGUACCCGAAUUCGCAAGGUGGUGCUACCGCCUCCUCCUCCUCCUCCUCUAGUGCUUCGUCUUCAUCAUCUCCGUCGUCGUCGUCGAUGCACGCGAGGGGAGAGAACAGAGCAGAGAGAAGCGACCAGCAUGGGAGGCAAGUGUUUGAGUUUGAGUACUUGGAUGAUAAGUUGUUGGAUGAGCUUCUUGAAAGUGAUCAAGAGAAAAGGAAUAGGAGACAAUGAAAUUCAUAGUUAUCCCAUCUUCUAGGCCUCAAAGAGUUCAAAUACCCGCAAAAGUUUUCUCAUUAA